AUGACGCCCAGCACAGGGCAGAGGGCAGUAAAUGACAAUAGUGCAUUCAUGGCGCACGGCAUGGGGAAGAGUGCAGUAAAUAACAAUAAUGCAUGCAUGGCGCCCAGCAUGGGGAAGAGGGCAGUAAAUGACAAUAAUGCAUUCAUGGCGCCCGGCACGGGGAAGAGUUCAGUAAAUGACAAUAAUGCAUGCAUGGCGCCCAGCACGGGGAAGAGGGCAGUAAAUGACAAUAAUGCAUUUAUGGCAACUGGCACGGGGAAGAGUUCAGUAAAUGACAAUAAUGCAUGCAUGGCGCCCGGCACGGGGAAGAGUUCAGUAAAUGACAAUAAUGCAUGCAUGGCGCCCAGCACGGGGAAGAGUGCAGUAAAUAACAAUAAUGCAUGCAUGGCGCCCGGCACGGGGAAGAGGGUAGUAAAUGUCAAUAAUGCAUUCAUGGCGCCCGGCAUGGGGGAGAGUUUAGUAAAUGACAAUAAUGCAUUCAUGGCGCCCGACACGGGGAAGAGUGCAGUAAAUGACAAUAGUGCAUUCAUGGUGCCCAGCAUGGGGAAGAGUUCAGUAAAUGACAAUAAUGCAUGCAUGGCGCCCAGCACGGGGAAGAGGGCAGUAAAUGACAAUAGUGCAUUCAUGGCGCCCGACACGGGGAAGAGUGCAGUAAAUGACAAUAGUGCAUUCAUGGUGCCCAGCAUGGGGAAGAGUUCAGUAAAUGACAAUAAUGCAUGCAUGGCGCCCGGCACGGGGAAGAGGGCAGUAAAUGACAAUAAUGCAUGCAUGGGGCCCGGCAUGGGGAAGAGGGCAGUAAAUGACAAUAAUGCAUGCAUGGCGCCCAGCACGGGGAGGAGGGCAGUAAAUGACAAUAAUGCAUUCAUGGCGCACGACACGGGGAAGAGUUCAGUAAAUGACAAUAAUGCAUUCAUGGCGCCCAACACGGGGAAGAGUGCAGUAAAUGACAAUAGUGCAUUCAUGGCGCCCGACACGGGGAAGAGUGCAGUAAAUGACAAUAGUGCAUUCAUGGUGCCCAGCAUGGGGAAGAGUUCAGUACAUGACAAUAAUGCAUGCAUGGCGCCCGGCACGGGGAAGAGUUCAGUAAAUGACAAUAAUGCAUGCAUGGCUCCCGGCAUGGGGAAGAGGGCAGUAAAUGACAAUAAUGCAUGCAUGGCGCCUGACACGGGGAAGAGGACAGUAAAUGACAAUAAUGCAUGCAUGGCGCACGGCACGGGGAAGAGGGCAGUAAAUGACAAUAAUGCAUGCAUGGCGCCCGACACGGGGAAGAGGACAGUAAAUGACAAUAAUGCAUGCAUGGCGCCUGGCACGGGUAAGAGGGCAGUAAAUGACAAUAAUGCAUGCAUGGGGCCCGGCACAGGGAAGAGGGCAGUAAAUGACAAUAAUGCAUGCAUGGGGCCCGGCACGGGGAAGAGGGCAGUAAAUGACAAUAAUGCAUGCAUGGCGCCCAUCACGGGGAGGAGGGCAGUAAAUGACAAUAAUGCAUUCAUGGCGCCCGGCACAGGGAAGAGUUCAGUAAAUGACAAUAAUGCAUUCAUGGCGCCCAGCACGGGGAAGAGGGCAGUAAAUGACAAUAAUGCAUGCAUGGCGCCCAGCACGGAGAAGAGUGCAGGAAAUGACAAUAAUGCAUGCAUGGCUCCCAGCACGGGGAAGAGGGCAGUAAAUGACAAUAAUGCAUGCAUGGCCCCCGGCCUGGGGAAGAGUUCAGUAAAUGACAAUAAUGCAUUCAUGGCGCCCGGCACGGGGAAGAGUGCAAUAAAUGACAAUAAUGCAUUCAUGGCGCCCGGCACGGGGAAGAGGGCAGUAAAUGACAAUAAUGCAUGCAUGGCGCCCGGCACGGGGAAGAGGGCAGUAAAUGACAAUAAUGCAUGCAUGGCGCCCAGCACGGGGAAGAGUGCAGUAAAUGGCAAUAAUGCAUGCAUGGCGCCCUGCACGGGGAAGAGGGCAGUAAAUGACAAUAAUGCAUCCAUGGCGCCCGGCACGGGGAAUAGUGCAGUAAAUGACAAUAAUGCAUUCAUGUCACCCGGCACGGGGAAGAGUGCAGUAAAUGACAAUAAUGCAUGCAUGGCGCCCGGCACGGGGAAGAGUGCAGUAAAUGACAAUAAUGCAUGCAUGGCCCCCUGCCUGGGGAAGAGUUCAGUAAAUGACAAUAAUGCAUUCAUGGCGCCCGGCACGGGGAAGAGUUCAGUAAAUGACAAUAAUGCAGUCAUGGUGCCCGGCACGGGGAAGAGUGCAGUAAAUGACAAUAAUGCAUUCAUGGCGCCCGGCACGGGGAAGAGUGCAAUAAAUGACAAUAAUGCAUUCAUGGCGCCCUGCACGGGGAAGAGUUCAGUAAAUGACAAUAAUGCAGUCAUGGUGCCCGGCACGGGGAAGAGUUCAGUAAAUGACAAUAAUGCAUUCAUGGCGCCCGGCACGGGGAAGAGUGCAGUAAAUGACAAUAAUGCAUUCAUGGCGCCCGGCACGGGGAAGAGGGCAGUAAAUGACAAUAAUGCAUGCAUGGCGCCCGGCACGGGGAAGAGGGCAGUAAAUGACAAUAAUGCAUGCAUGGCGUCCAGCACGGGGAAGAGUGCAGUAAAUGGCAAUAAUGCAUGCAUGGCGCCCUGCACGGGGAAGAGGGCAGUAAAUGACAAUAAUGCAUGCAUGGCGCCCGGCACGGGGAAUAGUGCAGUAAAUGACAAUAAUGCAUUCAUGUCACCCGGCACGGGGAAGAGUGCAGUAAAUGACAAUAAUGCAUGCAUGGCGCCCGGCACGGGGAAGAGGGCAGGAAAUGACAAUAAUGCAUGCAUGGCUCCCGGCACGGGGAAGAGUGCAGUAAAUGACAAUAAUGCAUUCAUGGCGCCCGGCACGGGGAAGAGUGCAAUAAAUGACAAUAAUGCAUUCAUGGCGCCCUGCACGGGGAAGAGUUCAGUAAAUGACAAUAAUGCAGUCAUGGUGCCCGGCACGGGGAAGAGUGCAGUAAAUGACAAUAAUGCAUUCAUGGCGCCCGGCACGGGGAAGAGUGCAAUAAAUGACAAUAAUGCAUUCAUGGCGCCCGGCACGGGGAAGAGGGCAGUAAAUGACAAUAAUGCAUGCAUGGCGCCCGGCACGGGGAAGAGGGCAGUAAAUGACAAUAAUGCAUGCAUGGCGUCCAGCACGGGGAAGAGUGCAGUAAAUGGCAAUAAUGCAUGCAUGGCGCCCUGCACGGGGAAGAGGGCAGUAAAUGACAAUAAUGCAUGCAUGGCGCCCGGCACGGGGAAUAGUGCAGUAAAUGACAAUAAUGCAUUCAUGUCACCCGGCACGGGGAAGAGUGCAGUAAAUGACAAUAAUGCAUGCAUGGCGCCCGGCACGGGGAAGAGGGCAGGAAAUGACAAUAAUGCAUGCAUGGCUCCCGGCACGGGGAAGAGUGCAGUAAAUGACAAUAAUGCAUUCAUGGCGCCCGACACGGGGAAGAGUGCAGGAAAUGACAAUAAUGCAUUCAUGGCGCCCAGCAUGGGGAAUAGGGCAGUAAAUGACAAUAAUGCAUUCAUGGUUCCCGGCAUGGGGAAGAGGGCAGUAAAUGACAAGAAUGCAUGCAUGGCGCCCAGCACGGGGAAGAGUGCAGGAAAUGACAAUAAUGCAUCCAUGGCGCCCGGCAUGGGGAAGAGGGCAGUAAAUGACAAUAAUGCAUACAUGGCGCCCAGCACGGGGAAGAGUUCAGUAAAUGACAAUAAUGCAUGCAUGGUGCCCAGCACCGGGAAGAGGGCAGUAAAUGACAAUAAUGCAUGCAUGGUGCCCAGCACGGGGAAGAGGGCAGUAAAUGACAAUAAUGCAUGCAUGGUGCCCAGCACGGGGAAGAGGGCAGUAAAUGACAGUAAUGCAUGCAUGGUGCCCAGCACCGGGAAGAGGGCAGUAAAUGACAAUAAUGCAUGCAUGGUGCCCAGCACGGGGAAGAGUGCAGGAAAUGACAAUAAUUCAUGCAUGGCGCCUGGCAUGGUGAAGAGGGCAGUAAUUGACAAUAAUGCAUGCAUGGCGCCCAGCACGGGGAAGAGUGCAGUAAAUGACAAUAAUGCAUGCAUGGCGCCUGGCAUGGGGGAGAGUUUAGUAAAUGACAAUAAUGUAUACAUAGCACCUGGCACGAGACAUGAGUCUAUAAAUGAUAGUCUCAGUUCCAUCUUGCAGCAGUUUCCAUGCAUACUGUUGUGUCUUCAGGAACUUAAGACCUACUAA